AUAGUUUUGCGCAUGUUCAUGUGCCUGAUCUCAUAACAACAACUGAUUUUUUAUUUGGUGCUAUUACUUUGUCACUUUCUUUCAAUUUACUCCUUUGUGGAAAAAAAAAAACCUUACCUUUUAGGCCCUCAGUAUGGUGGAUAGUAAGGUCCCUCAGCCGGGACCCGCGAAGCUGAAGCGGAAUGCAGGGCCUGAUGAAUGGCUGGAGGCAGCUAAGGAUUGCAAAUAUCUUUCAGAAGCGCAUAUGAAACAGCUAUGUGAAAUUGUGAAAGAAUAUAUGAUGGAAGAAUCGAAUAUCCAGCCCGUGUCGACACCUGUCACGAUCUGCGGAGACAUUCACGGUCAAUUUUAUGAUCUUCUAGAGCUUUUCCGGGUCUCUGGUGGAAUGCCAAACGAGUCGGAAGUUGAGCCGCCCAAGACCACAUCCUCUGUGAUUACGUCCGCCGAUAUUGAACCGCCGACCACGAUUACGGAUCCUAAAUUGCGGAAAAAGUUGAAGAACCCGAGAUUUUCGGAAGAUGGCGAUGAUACAGGAUCAAUUAACAGCCAAAGAGAGCGGUCUUCGAGCUCAGGAUCGGCGGACGUGACACUCAACCGGAACUUCGUGUUUCUUGGGGACUAUGUCGACAGAGGGUAUUUUAGCUUGGAAACUCUUACUUUACUAUUAUGUCUGAAGGCCAAAUACCCUGACCGCGUAACCCUGGUUCGUGGCAACCAUGAAUCUCGACAGAUCACCCAGGUUUAUGGAUUUUACGAAGAAUGCUUGCAGAAAUAUGGAAACGCUUCUGUGUGGAAAGCAUGCUGCCAAGUGUUUGAUUUCAUGACGCUAGGUGCUAUUAUUGAUGGCAGGGUGCUGUGCGUUCACGGCGGCCUGAGUCCGGAAAUCAGGACAUUGGAUCAGGUUCGCGUGGUUGCCAGAGCCCAAGAAAUUCCCCAUGAAGGAGCCUUCUGUGAUCUGGUAUGGUCUGAUCCGGAUGAUGUGGAAACCUGGGCAGUUAGUCCCAGAGGAGCUGGUUGGCUGUUUGGAGAUAAAGUUGCAGAUGAGUUUUGCCACGUUAAUGACUUAACUCUGAUUGCCCGAGCACAUCAACUCGUGAAUGAGGGAUAUAAGUACCACUUCUCGAACCAAAACGUCGUUACUGUGUGGAGCGCCCCCAACUACUGCUACCGAUGCGGAAACCUGGCAUCCGUGUGCGAGAUCGGUGAUGACCUAAAACCGACCUUCAAGCUCUUCAGUGCCGUGAGUGACGAUCAACGACACGUCCCCCCGUCGCGGCCGGGCCGCAGCGAGUACUUUUUGUAAAAUAUUUCCAUGCCCUGCAUUUUCUCGAUUGUUUGUCCGCCUUAUGGCUCUGUCCGUAUUAUGAGGCGGUCAUUUACACCGACGCGGGCGUUCGGGGUGAAUACCUGAUGUGCCUGGUCCUCUUCGGAGGGGAGGCUGUUGACGAGCAUCAUAUCAUACAUAACGAUUUAGAGCAAUUAAUGAGAUAACUAGCCUGGCCUUUCCACUAGAUUCCGAACAUACUAAUUCAAAGUGAAAUAAAAAUCUUUUCUCAAAAGGAAAGUCCCUAGUAUGCCGAGUCAGUUUCUUUGCACAAGUCCUUUCUAUCUCAUUCCCUCCUCCGCAGAGGCCAAGAACAAAUUGAUCAUGCCAAACCACAUGCCACCUUCAACUCCCGUCCUCCCCCAAGAAUUGAUCCGUGCGCCUCCAGUCCUCCACUAUUGCAUGUACUCCAGACAUCUGCAAUGCCGAUAAUGCGG